AUGACCACGGAGCCGGCAGCGAGUUCGGAUGAGGCCCUCGGCCCCAUAUCCAGUCUAAUCCUCAUUGAUAUGGAAGGCCGGCCGCCUGUCGCCUUUCCCUACAAUGCCACCGAGUACGCGUAUCCCCUGCUGGUGCCUUAUUUGGGCGGGGUGGGGCUGUUGGCUCUCCUGUCCAACGUGAUCUUGCUGGCGUUCCUAUUGUAUCGCCGACUGUACAAGAACUUCAUAUCGAGUCAGUUCAUCAUACACCUGUGUAUCACCAACAUCAUCGGGCUUCUUAUUCUCUUCCCCCAAUUCCUACAUAAUUUAUGGACUGGCGAGAACCUCUGGUUCAACAAUAAUGCGCUUUGCCGCGUUCAGGUAAAUAACUUUUGACGUUAACUUGAAUACUGUUGUGAAUGAGUUAUAAUUUUUAAGGUAUGCAUUACUUAAAAAACGUUAUGUAAACGAAUUUUGAAGACAUUUGAAUAACUUAUACUUGCUUCUUUACAAAUUCAAAUUACUGUCUUAUAGUAAAGUUGUACAAUUAAUAAUAACCUUACAUGACAACCCAAACUAUGAAUCCAAAACCACAUUUCAGGCUUUUCUAAUAUGUUCAAUAUGGUCAGUGGUCAACUUUGCGACAGUAAGCAUAGCUGGAGUGCACUUACUGACCUUCAACCGAAUCCACUACGACCAGUUGUUUGGUAUGAACCCCAACCAUCUAUGUUAUCUAUCAUGGGUAGUUGGAUUCGCUGUGUCUCUGCCAUGUAUCACGAAUGGUAACAUUAUCGUAUACAACCCAGCACUGCGACAUUGUAUAUGGGGCAUCACCGACUACAGCUACAAGUUCCUGACCUAUGUGCUGAUACUGGGUGUCAUUAUACCAGCCUUGUUGUCGUAUUACGCGUAUCUCAAGAUCCUCAAGACCUUGUAUCAUUCGCCAAUCGUGUUUCAGAGCUUGGGGCUAUACAAGAGUCGGUUUAUUAUCUACACCUUCUUCUUGUCGUAAGUUCUUCUCAUAUAUUGCUAUUACUUAGCGUAAAAUACAAAGAUAUGUAGACAGGAAAAUACACUGUUUUUUCUAAAAAUUGUCACAGAACACUAUGAAGGGUUGCUCUUAUAGAUGUUUCCCUAUAUAGAGAGAUUAGUGUAUUUUCUUUUCACAAUACCUACACAUAAUGACAUAACCCAUACUUUUCCAAAUAUAGCUCACAAAACAACCUUCAAUUUCAGGCCCUUUUACCAAGCUCCUCUCAUAUACAUCACUCUCACUGGCCAUCAUACUGUCUACGGACCUACUGACCUAUUCCCCAUUAUUAGUACGAUACUCGCCUACUGCCCCAUGAUGCUGACACCGCUCAUCUACAGCCUUUCAAUGGUACUGAUCAAGGAAGAAGACAUGGUGAUAACAGCACGUGCCCACAAGAGCACCAACGCCUACACCCAAGUCGCACCUGGACAUCGGUUAUAA